GUGCAUUUAAAACGGCCAUAUAUGGAUUAGUUGAUGUUGUUUAGACCAUAGAUAAAAAGAUAUGCUUGAAUCAGCCAGUUUUUCGGACUGUCAUAAUGAAGUCGAUAUGGAAUUACAAAAUGUAGCAAAGGAACUCGAAGAUUUACUGGUCAUAUUUGUAAAUUAUGAUAGCCAUGCCAUGAAACUUCAAAAUGAAUUAGAAUUGAUGCGUAAGGAUCUUUAUGGAUUAGUUCAUAUCAGAGGAAUGGAAUCGGAUGAUAAAGAUGAUGCAAAACACAACAAUUUUGUAUUCACUGAGGAGGUAUAAAGAUUUUAAAGAAAUAAAAUUACUGAAUGAUAAACAAGCUAAAAAGAUGUUAUUUCUUAUCGAAAAAGUGAAUGCCUAUAAAAGAAAUUUCCAUUUAUUAUUGAACGAAUUCGAAAAGCAGAAAAAUUUACAAAAAUAUUACAAGAAAAAUCAUAAUGAAACAGUUGAAAAAUGUGUUCAAACAGACAUGAUACGGCCUUGCCAAACCGAAAUUGAGCGGUUGAAAUCUAUGAACUUGGAUAUUUUUACACAUGGUGUUUUAGAAGUUGCAUUUCAGCUACAUGAAAAGUUAUCUCAGUGUCAUGGUCGCCGUCGAUUAGAAAUUAAAUAUCAUGAAAAACAUGCUAGUGAAUUAAGUCGAACUCAUAUGGAAAUAUUGAAACGAGUACAAGAGAAACAAUACAAGAAUUUAACUGAAUUCAAAUAUCGUAUUCAAAAGUCUACUCAACAAGAAUUAGAUUUACUUAGAAAGGAAAGAGGAAAACUUUUGAAUCAAUUAAAUGAAAUCAGAAAAGUGGAACAACAAACAAGGCAUACAAAUUCUUUACUCAAAUUGCAAAUCUAUAAUUUAGAGAAAAGGUUACAAACCUAUGAAGUUGAAUCAUAUAAGUAGCAUUCAAUAAUUUUGCCCAAUAAUUUUCAUAUAUUUCAAUAUCUGUCAUGCUAAAUCUUUUGUAUAAAGUUAAAAAUAAAAUAUCUGUAAUUGUUAAGCAAUCCUUGUAAUCUUCUGCAAUAACUUACAAUAAAUAACAAAUUGAAUAUGAUUUUAUUAAUUCCAAUAGCCAACGCUAUUGAUGAUUUCAAUUUUGAUAAUAACAAAUCUACUCAUUCAAUGGUUACAAAGAAAAAUAUUCUUUUCAAAGACAAAUAUGAACUAGGUAUAUGCUCAGGUAUUCACAUGUAAUUCAGGUGAUUAUAUUUUCUGUAAAAUUACUAUCAUAGUAGUUUACUAUGUGCUAUUUUGAAAAAUUUUAUAUUUUAUAAAUAUUUGGAAAAAAUAUAAAGAAAAGUAGAUUUUUUCGAUUUACG